UGACAGAAUUUACUGAAAUAACCUAAAAUCAGCACGUGUUGAAAAUUUAUACAUCAAACGCUGCCAAAGUGAUUUAAAUUAGCAAAUAAAUUCGAAAGCGAUUUGAUUUAGUGAUUUUUAUUUCAGGCGACGGUUAUUUCAUAAGUAAUAGAUAAUAAUAAAAAAAUGAAGAACAAGCACAAAUCAAAAUAUGUCCACUCUGAUGUUGGAGAUGAAAACUCCAAUGAGGUUCAGAAGAAAUGGUUUGAAGAGAACGUUAGCGACCCAAAAGGCUUUCAACCGGUAACAGAACAAGUUUUAAUAGAAUUGAAAGAUGAAGCAAAGAAAUGUCUUGAUUCAGAUGUAGCGAACUACAAUAUCAAAAAUGCGAAGAAAAACCCUAAUUAUAAAUGGAUGAAAACAGUCAUGUCAAAGGGAACAGUUGCUGAUAAGAUAGCUGCAUGUACUGUUUCUAUUCAGGAUAAUCCUAUAUGCAGUUUGGAUAUUUUACAAAACUUAGUUAAUAUGAUUAAAGUGGGUAAAAAAAAAGAAUGCACAAUGGUAAUGGAAACUCUUACCGAAUUAUUUUUGUCAGACCUGUUACGACCUGAUCAAAAGCUAAAGCCUUUUUCUCAAAGACCUCUUUCACUCCUGAAUGAUUUAUCAUCUGGAAAUGCAGUGACUAGGAGAAAAUUACUUGCUGUUUGGUAUUUUGAAGACCAACUAAAAGAAUUGUAUACAAAUUUUGUGUUGGCUUUAAAUAAUGUUGCCCAUGAUGUGCUUGACACCAAUAAGGAAAAAGCUAUCUCGGCAAUGUUUAAAUUGUUAGCUGGAAAUCCAGAACAAGAAAAGAAUUUACUUAUGUAUUUAGUGAAUAAACUUGGAGAUCCUUCUCAAAAAGUAGCUUCAAAAGCAAUUUAUAGUUUGGGACAGUUACUGUUCAAACAUCCAAAUAUGCAAGGAGUGGUACUAAGCGAAGUAGAAAAAUUACUAUUUCGUUCAAACAUUUCUUCAAAGGCACAGUACUAUGGACUGUGUUUUUUAUCCCAAUUUUAUCUAAGCCACGAAACUAGUGAAGUAGCCAGAAGACUCAUGGAAGUAUAUUUCUCGUUUUUUAAAGCCUGCGUUAAAAAGGGCGAAGUGGACAGCAGAAUGAUGUCCGCUUUGUUAAUGGGUGUUAAUAGAGCAUAUCCCUAUGCAAAACUGGAAAUGAAGAAAAUUUCAGAACAUAUAGAUACAAUUUAUCGAGUUGUACAUAUUGCAAAUUUCAACAUCAGUUUACAUGCCCUUACCUUACUGUACCAAGUUUCCGAUCAGGAAGAAAAUGUUUCAGACAGGUUUUAUUCAGCUCUGUAUAAGAAACUCAUUGAUCCAAAACUGUUGACAACAACACACCAAGCUAUGUUACUGAGUCUAAUUUAUAAGGCAGUCUUGAAAGACAAGGACCUUGCACGUGUGAAGGUUUUUAUUAAAAGAUUGUUACAACUUGUUUUGUUCAUGCAGCCAUCAUUUGCAUGUGGUGUUCUUUAUCUUGUUUCCCAAUUAAUGGGUAAGAAAACCGGAAUUCAAUCUCUUAUUUUGAAACAAACGACAGUUAAUGGUCUAGAAGAAGAUGACGAGGAGAAAUAUCAUGAUGUAAAGACUGACGAAGAAAUAGAAAUUAAACAUGAAAAUGAAAUUGAUGAAGAAGAUGAAGAUAUUAAACCUGACGUAUCCAUCCUCAACCAAUCUGUAUCACAACUGAGCUGGGAUCACUGUGCUAAUUUACGGAAAAAAGAAAAUAAGCAACCAAUUCAGUACAAUCCUUUAAGUCGGAAUCCUUUAUAUGCUGGUGGUGAUUUUUGUGCAUAUACUGAAUUAAUUCGCUUAAAAAAUAGUUACCACCCAACUGUAGCUUUGUAUGCUACUAAUAUACUAGAAGGAAACAUAAUAAAAUAUUCAGGAGAUCCUUUAAAAGACUAUACUUUAAUACGAUUUUUAGAUAGAUUUGUUUUUAAGAAUCCAAAAAAAUUUGAAGAAGGAGCUGUACAAGGUGCUCAUCCUACUUUCGGAAAAAGAAAAAUGUAUCUUCCAAAAGGUAUCCGGUCUUUGCCGGUCAAUUCGACAAAUUAUUUAAAUGAAAAUUCCAAAAAUAUUCCCGUGGAUGAAUUAUUUAUGCACAGCUACUUGAAGAACAAACAAAAAGAAAAAAUUAAAUCUGAAAGCAACGAAGACGACGAAAGCGACAUAGAAUCUGUUCAAAGUGAGGAAUUUGAAGAUAUGUUAGAUAAAAUGGCGGGAAUUUCACGAGAAGAAGAUAUAGAUUUCUUAAACGAGAUUGGAGAUAAUCUAAAGAAAAAAGAGAAGAAAACUAAGAAUAAAAAACAACAAAGCGAAGAUGAUGCUUCUGAAGAAGAAAGUGGCGCAUCUGAAGAUGAAUUUUUGGAAGAUGAUGACGAUUUUGAUGAAGAUAAUGAUAUGGAUGAAGACGAUCUUGAAAUGACUGAAAACGACAAAGAACUCUUUGAAGAUUUAGAUGAUGAAGAUGAAGAAUUUGUUUUUGAGGAGGAAAGCACCUCCAAGAAAAAUAAAUCAAAAAAGAAAGGCAAUAAAGACGAUAGUUCUAUUUUUGCGUCUGCUGAAGAAUUUGCGUCUUUAUUAGAAGAUGAAGGUAGUUCAAAAUUGGCGCCUGGUAGUUCUAGCGCAUUUGCUAAUAAAGAUAAUGCAAAUGUUAAACAAAUUGAAUGGGAAGACCACAGAAAUAGAUGGUUGCGCGGUUUUGAUAAAGCAGUAGGACAAAAUAAAAGCAAACAUUUUGGAAAGAAAAGGAAGAAUCAAAGUAAAUUUGAGAACAAAAAAAAGAGGGAAAGAAACAAGUGAAUAACUGUUUAAAUGUUAAUAUUUUUACUUUAAAUCCCUACAUUUUUAUUGGUAUUUAUAAAGAAUACUUUUAAUUUAGUUAUUAAAAUCCUACUUCGCA